UCCAGGCGCGCUUGGAUGACGUCACUAGGCGCGGCCCGGGUAGCCCUUGGUAACCCGGAGUCUGCGGAAGUGGAGACCGGUGGGCAGGCGGCUAAGACAGGGGACUGAAAGUUGUGGAACCACAAUUUGUGACAUCAGGUGUUUUUUGGGUAAGCAGCCAUUUAUGAUUCUGGAAGAUUAAGGCAGAUAGGAAGCCCCUUCUGAGACUGUAACAAAGCUCUCGAACAACAGCCGACACCAUGGACCUAAAGCUGGACCCUUCCCGGGAUGACCUGCCUCUCAUGGCCAACACCAGCCACAUACUGGUGAAGCACUAUGUACUGGAUUUAAAUGUGGAUUUCGAAAGUCAAAUCAUUGAGGGCAGCAUAGUGCUUUUCUUUGAGUCUGGGAACAGGUUCGAGAAACAGAGUGGUUCCACCAAGGAAACCCGCCAGUCAGAGUCCAGCGAAGCCUGCAGAUUUAGGAUGCCUGAACCCUGCCAUAGUCCUGGGACAGAUACAAGGACCUUCUCACCUAAAACAGGAUAUAAUGAUUUUGCAAUCUGUGGUAAAGGUGAAAAAGAUACUUCUGGUAAAGAUGGUAACCAUGACAACCCGGAACAGGCUUGUGGGAUUUCUAGCUCAACAUACUGCUGUGACACAGGGAAUCACAGGAAUGAGGAGUUUUUGCUGGUGUUGGACUGCUGUGAUUUAUCUGUGCUAAAGGUUGAGGAGGUGGAUGUUGCUGCCGUGCCAGGUAUUGAAAAAUUUACAAAGUCUCCCAAGCUCACAGUUGUUUCUGAGGAGCUCAGGAAUCAGAUCGUACAUGAACUUGUGACUCUGCCGGCAGAUCGUUGGAGGGAGCAGUUAGACUAUUAUGCUGGCUGCAGCCAGGCUCCUGGCUGUGGGGAACUUCUGUUUGACACUGACACUUGGAGCUUACAGAUCAGGAAGACAGGGACUCAGACAGCUACUGACUUUCCUCACGCCAUAAGGAUAUGGUACAGCACCAAACCUCAGGGGCGAUCAGUUACAUGGACCUCAGACCAGAGCGGCAGGCCAUGUGUUUAUACUAUAGGAUCUCCCAUAAACAACAGGGCCCUUUUUCCAUGCCAGGAGCCACCCGUUGCCAUGUCAACAUGGCAGGCUACAGUUCGAGCAGCUGCAUCUUUUGUUGUUUUAAUGAGUGGGGAAAAUUCUGCCAAGCCAACACAGCUUCAGGAAGGGUGCACAAGCUGGCAUUACUACGUCACCAUGCCAAUGCCAGCCUCCACCUUCACUAUUGCAGUGGGCUCCUGGACAGAAAUGAAGCCAGAGAUCUGCUCGUCCAAGGAUCUGGCAGCAGAGAGAUCCCUCUCACCUUCUGAGACUGACUCCAGGUAUGUUGGCAUUUGUGGUCACGUGGAGUACCCCUGCCGCUUCCAGAAUCUUUCUGCUACCACCCAGGAAAUUAUUCCUCAUCGGGUCUUUGCCCCACUGUGCCUCCAAGAUGCCUGUCAAGAGACCCUCCUGCAUCUGAUCCCUCCCUGCCUCUCGGCAGCGCACUCUGUCCUGGGAACACACCCGUUCUCCAGGCUGGACAUCCUCAUUGUUCCUGCCAACUUCCCGAGUCUGGGGAUGGCCAGCCCACACAUCAUCUUCCUCUCUCAGAGCGUCUUGACAGGAACGAGCCAUCUGUGUGGGACCCGGCUGUGCCAUGAAAUCGCUCAUGCCUGGUUCGGCCUAGCCAUCGGGGCCCGGGACUGGACGGAGGAGUGGCUGAGUGAAGGGUUCGCCACUCACUUGGAAGACGUGUUCUGGGCCGCAGCACAGCAGCUGGCCCCCCACGAGGCGCAGGAGCAGCAGGAGCUGAAGGCAUGUCUGCGCUGGCUUCGCCUCCAGGACGAAGUGCGGAACUCCCCCCAGGAAAUGCAGGUGCUGAGUAUUCAGAAAUUGUGUUUGCCUAAAUUUAGGCUAACCAUGAAAUGACUGCAUUUGGAAGAUUUGUUGCACAUCGGUAUGGAAACUCUUGUUAUCGGCUGUGCUUACAAUGAAGAGGAAAUGCUUCUGAACCUGCACCGAAUUAUAUAGCCAAGGUUUAGUUCACUCCCAUCCUUUAGAAUUCUCCCUUAAAUGGGCAUAGAGAGCCUAGAAAUUACUGAAAGUGAGAGAAAAAAAAAGAAUGAGAGUUAUAAAAAUUUAUCCUCAGAUUUUAUUUUGGCGUCAUAUGCAAAUAAGACCUUGGGAAAGAAGUCACUUAUAACAAGACAGUAAUCAAAGAUGCUAUUUCCACCCCCUCCUUAAGAUAGCCCAUGGCCUUGAAAUGAUGGAUCAAGAACAAUUUAGAAGUCUUGGUUUGUGUCUUGAUAUGUUCCUCAUGCCUUGGUGUUGACAGAGAAAAUAGAAACUUCUCUUACUCAUCUUUGUAGCAGCUUUCAACAUGGUCGACCACUCCCUCCUUCUGAAAACACUUUCUUCUUUGGGCUUCUGUGUCACACUGUCCUGGGUUUCCUUCUGCUCUGCUGCCAGUCCUUCCCCAACUCUCCUGCUGGCUAGUCAGCGUCUUCACUUAGAUGACUCAUAGCUCAGAAAGAGGGAUUAAGGGGUCCAGCAUCACGCAGCCAAUCCAGAGCAGAACAGAAAUUGGAAUCCAGGGAUUGAAACGACCUUCUUUUCCCUACACACUUUCUCUCUGCCUUUAAGGAACUCCGUUAAAAACAAAAACAAAAACCCGCUGCAGGUGUCUUGAACAGUGAAAGGACGUGAAGGCCAGAGUGAAUGAAAAGUGUCCUUGGACCAAGUAUCUUUGUCUUUUGACACAUGAGUACAUGUGUCUCAUUAUUUUAGCUAUCAGGGAAAAAAGAAAACCUGACAUUGUGUUGAUUACAGAGAUAUUGGAGUAUUAACAAAGUGAGAAGAGGAAGAACUAAAAUUGCACUUGGCUCUGGCUUGCUAAUUUUAGUCAUUUACAAGAACUGUUUCCCAGUCGUGUCUUCCAUAUAUCCAGUGUUGAGCAUGGCUCUCAUCAGAUGUGUCCUGGAUUGACUUAGUUGUGAGAUUCAUUUGGUUACAACAGUUCCUGUGUUUUCCUUCUCAGCCUUUCUUGGCUGGGAAGCCUUUAACGUGGCUGCAGGCUCUUGAGGCCUGGUGAUUUGCUCAGAAGGUUAGGGGGUCACAUUACUGACUCCACGCCUUUUCUCAUUUGUUAAUUAUUAAAGACGCUUUUCCCGUAGACCAGACCCUAGUGGCUCUCCUCCGACUCUCCCUCACUUGUCCACUGACCCUGGGCACAACUGUGUGCCAGGCGAAGCUGAUCUUGCUGCUAUCCUACUCUGCCUGGCUGCCACCACUCUGCUCUCCUCUUGUUUCCACCCCCACCCUACCCUUGACCUUGCAGCAGUGGUGACUCUUGCCUGGGAAGAUGGGAAGGGCCUUCUGCAAGGCUCUCGUGCCUCUGUUCCCCGGGGCACUGUAGGAUUCCUGCGUUCUCUCUCUAAAGUGCUUUACUCUGCAUUAGCUAGCUUUACUCUGACAGGCCUGUGGGCUGGAAGAGCUACGGUGGCAGGGUCAGAAUAAAUUGCUGUUGGUUUUUUAUUAUUUGUGAUUUAUUAUCACUUCCCCUCUUUUCUGGAUUCAUUGUUAAAGUUGGGCUCGUGCUGACAAAAAUGUGAAAAUAUAUCACGUUGAGGGGCGCCGACAGGCCCCAAAUCCA